UCAUCCAAGGAAGAAGGUGUUCCAAGACGAUUCCGCUUGCCUUUUAUCAGAACUGACUCCACAUUUGGUGAAACUUCUGGACUUUUUAGCAUAUUUUCUAAGUAUUUGUGGAAAGUUUUGGUGGUAAGCAAGUGGGGUACCCAUGGACAAAAUGUGUUGCUUAUCAUUGUUCGCUCCUUAUUACGUGUGUAAUCUGGUUACCGUUUAUAGUGAAAUGUGAAACGAAAACGAUACAUUUAAACAAUAAACGAACGGAAAAAUAAUAUAACUUGCGCGACUAUUCAUCCGCACUUGCACCGUAACAUCGAAAGUGGUGAAUACAAAAUGUCAUUUAUUUUGAAAUAUUGGUUUAAUAUCGAAAAUAUUUACCAAACAAUUCAACCGGCAUGUCGCUCUAUGAAAUGGUUCGGAUUUAUGCCUUUCACAUUGUUGCUUCCGGAACGGAACGGCAAAGGGAGAACCGUGUCGCAGCUUCCAGCAACUCUCGCUUUUAAAAAACUGGACGUCCUCUUACUGCUCCUGUGGCAAAUCUACAUUCUGUCCAUUUUCAACGCUCACUGGUUUUCGCAACUGUCCAAUGCACCGAUGUCGAAAAUCAUGAUUUACCUCAGCAUUCUGCUGUACAUCGUUGAGACAGUGAUGGUGAGUUGGGUCCAGCUGCGGAUAGCACUCAGCCGGAACAAAAUUGACGAGCUUCUCCGAUUGAUCCGCUUCUCAGACGAGCUGGUACGAACGACUAUGCAAAUGCGUGCGAUGGCCAAUUUCAACACAUUCAGCAGUUUUUGUUUCCCCAAAUGCACUUCACAGAUCGAACCGCUCGGAUUCGCAGUCAAUCAUCGCCGGCACCAUCUGGGGCUGGUUUUGCUGAUCUUGGGCACGAUAAUUUGCACCAUUUGUGUGAUGGCAGUUGAAUUCGUGCUGGGUGACCAGUUCCAUUCCCGAAGUGUCGCUAUGCAGGAACGGGUUUACUCCAGCGGUGCAACGAUUUACUACUUCAUACUACGAACUGCCCAAGUUUGCCCCCUGGUGGUGUUUCUUGGUGCAAUAUUGGCGUUCCGGUCCCGUUUCCGAUUGUUGAAUGCUGCAUUUCGAAACAUUUUCCUGGAGGGUAAAAACGAUUCCAACGAUAAGGACAUGGAAAAUCGUUUGCGAGUGAUUGUCGUAGGACACGAUACCAUGACUGAAGCGGUAGAACUAUUCAAUGAUAUUUUUGGACUGCAAAUGGUCUUCGCUUGUAGUUCAUAUAUCAUUUAUUGUGUCUUCAGUAUGUUCUGCGUGGGAGCGCUCUAUUCGCGCAAAUCACUUGAUGUGUUAUUCUUAACGCUGAUCUACGCGAUGCCAUUCCUGCACUACUCGGUACACAUCAUGCCAAUCAUAAAAAUAAGUAGUGACGUUCAGCACGAGGGCAAACGGAUAGCUGUCCUGGUUCAUAAGGCCAUAAAUCAAUCACCCCUUUCGGUCAGCUCCAUCAACCGGCUCAUGGUGUUCUCCCGGCAGCUCCAGCAGCAGACACCAGCCGUUUCCAGUGGGAUGUUUUCUUUCGAUUGGACAUUGUGCUUUUCGAUGCUUUCGACGGUGGCCACCUACACGAUGAUAUUGGUACAGUUCGAGCUGGAAGUGCCAAAGUUUUUCCUCGAUGCGCUGGUGAGAUCCACAAUGGAACGGGACGCGGCUCUGAAUGCGACUCGGUGGCUCAGACCAGCGGAAAACGAUAGUUCAGCUCUCGACAUGUAUUCUUAAGAAUCAAUAAAGAUGUUAUGGACGUAGAAAUAAAAUUCGAUUAUGAGAAAAGUUUGUUUACGAUUGAACACAGGGU